GUCCUGCUGCAGAAGACGUAGACCAGGCUGUUCUAUUGUCAUAUUUGUUUUUUCUCGAGAUACGGCUAAAUGGAAAACCCUGCGCUGUUUGUGAUGUAAAUGGUGAUAUUGCUUAAAUGCUGAUGUUUCGCAAUCCGUCCAGCAUGACUUCCUCGUUGCGGGCGGGGCGGUCUGCUCCCGGGCCGUCAGGUGAGUUCACAGCUAUCGACGGUGGGGCGGUGAAUCUGGUGAGGGUAAACCAAAUUACUUCGUAAAUCACAUAUCGGAUCUUUGGAACGCAACACCGACUGAGGCAAGGUUUUUUGUUAGAAGAGCUGCUCCCGCUGGUCCCGGGAAUGUUACGGGCGAGAACAGAGUCCUGUAGGUAACACGCUGUCAGGUCGGAGCGUGGGGUGGAGAGGAGAUGGUCACGUGGGUCGCCUCCUUGUUGACAGUAUGCGCGUUGAUACAGACGCACGCCGCCGCGGGGCCGACGUCCAGUUGUCCUACCACCCCUCGCCGCCUGGUGGAUUUUAACGUCAACUACACCCUGCCCCACUUCCAAACCGCCAAUCCCAUCCAGAACAUCCAAGCCAACGCGAUCCUGCGCGAGGUGUUCAUCGCCUCCCAGAACGCCAUCGAGGCAGUGGACAGGGACCUGAAACGGAUAUGGGAGGUGCGUACCGGCCCAGUGAGCCCCGACGACUGUCACACGUGCGGCCCCUGCGACGCUGCCACGACGCCGCCCGCGACCCCCGUGGAUACGGACAACAAGGUCCUCCUCUUAGACCCGGCGGGCACCCUCCUGCCCUACCUGUACUACUGCGGCAGCACGCGGCAGGGGGUGUGCGCCUUCCUGGACAUCAGCGAGCUGAGCCCCGUGUCCCACUGCCUGUUCAAGGAGCAGGACAACACAGAGACCUACUGCCCCGACUGCUUGGCCAGCCCGCUGGGCACGCGGGUCAGCGCGGUGGAGCAGGGCCACACCACCCUCUUCUUCGUGGCCAACUCCGUGGACGAGGAGCUGGCGAGCCGCUGGCCCCGUAGGUCGCUGUCGGUGCUGCGGCCGCUGUCCACCGAGGACGGCUUCAACAUGGCGAUGCAGGGGCUGACGGUGCUGCCCCCGCUGCGGGCGUCCUACCGCGUCGACUACGUCUACACCUUCGCCACCGCGGAGCACGUGUACUUCCUGUCGGUGCAGCGGGAGAACCCGGAGAAGAGCGGCUCCCCGCUGCAGACGCGGCUGGGUCGGCUGCCCCUGAUGAACUCGGAGGCCUGGAUGUACCGGGAGGUGGUGCUGGAGUGCCGCUUCGACCCCAAGCGGCGGCGGAGGAAGAGGCGCGGCGGGGAGGAGCAGCACCGGGUGGUGUUCAACGGGCUGCAGGCGGCGCACUACGGCCCCGUGGGCCGGGAGCUGGCCUCCCAGCUGGGGCUGAACCCCAAGGGGAGCCCCGACGAGAAGCUCCUGUACGGGGCCUUCGCCCAGGUGGACGAGCGCGGCGUGCCCCAGAGGAACUCGGCCUUCUGCAUCUUCGCCCUGGCCAAGGUGAACCAGGCCAUCGACCGGGGCGUGGCCGCCUGCUGCUCCAAGGGGACCGAGCAGCUCUCCAGGGGCCUGUGUCACUUCCAGCCCUGCGAGAACUGCCCGCACGAGCACCCAAACGACGACUCGUGCCGUAACAAGCCCACCCUGGUGUCCGCUCCGUACUACAGACUGGACCUGUUCAACAGACAGAUGCACGACGUGCUCUUCACCACGGUCUUGGUCACCACCAAGGGCAACGACACCCUGGGUCAUUUCGGGACCUCGGACGGAAGGAUCCUGCAGGUCAUCCUGAAGCUGGACUCUGUGUUCUUUGCCAACUUUUCCCUGGGAGGAACCCCCGUAUCGGGCGUAUCGUCUGUUUACACCGAGGACUUACUGCUCUUUGUUGCCGGGAAUAAGGUGUUCACCGUGUCCCCUGUGGGCCCCGGCUGUGCCCACUUUGUCUCCUGCUCCUCCUGCCUGACCGCCCCACUCUUCAUGGGCUGUGGUUGGUGUUCGGGGUCCUGCUCCAGGGAAGAUGAAUGCUCCUCGCCGUGGCACCGGACGUCCUGCGCUCCUGUUAUCACAGAGUUUUUUCCCAAGACGGCACCAACUGGGGCUGAGUCAGAGCUGACUUUGUGUGGCUGGGAUUUUCAGUCCCCCAAAGGACCAUCUGCCAUCACCGACAAAACCCACACAGUCCGAGUUGGCUCUGAGACCCUUUGUACCGUACAGGCCAAGAGCACCAGCACAAAGUUGGUGUGCAAGGUCCGCCACAAGAAAGGCACCCCGACCAAGGCUCUCAAUGUCACCUUGGAAGUGCAAGAAGCAACGGUGGGGGGCUGCUAUUCCAUCCAUGGCCAAGCGCAGGCAUCAGGAUUCUCCUUUGUGGUGCCCAUUAUAACGGAGGUCAGGCCCGCCCUCGGCCCUAAGAUCGGAGGAACCAUGAUCACCCUGACCGGGAGCCAUCUCAACUCAGGGAUUGGAAGAAGUGUAGACUUCGGUGGAAUCAGCUGCCCGAUUCAAAGUAUGACUGAAGGGAGUGGGAGCGUGUCUUCGGUGGUGUGCAUCUCCAAGGCGUCCACAGCGGUGCAAGACGUUCCCGUCCGGUUCCUCAUCGACAGCUUCCUCGUGCCAACCCAGAAGAAGUUUUCUUACCGGCACGACCCCGUUAUAACCAACGUGUAUCCCCAAUGCAGCUACAGAAGCGGCUCCAUGCUGAGGGUGGAAGGCCGCUACUUUGACUCUGUGCAGAACAAGGUGGUCCAGUACAAACCCAAUAACUCACCCCAGGAAACGUACCGACAGGUGUGCGAGGGUAAAGUGAACGCCACGCACAUGGAGUGCAGGGCGCCCGCCCUGCCGGGAGAGCACUCGGACGAUAAGACGGAGAACGGGGAGAUUUCCUUCCACAUGGACGGAGCCCGGCUAAUUUUGAACAAGACGUUCGACUACCACCCGGACGCCGCCCCCAUCCCCUUUGAGAACGAGGAGCGCGUCCUGUACCUGAGCCGGGGAAAUAAUGAAGUCUCAAUGCACCACAUCAAUCUGAAUGCAGUGGUUCAGUGUAUGAAUAUCACCAUGACCAUCGGAGGCGUGCGCUGCAAAGUCCAGGUCUUGACCAAUGAGCUCACUUGCAGAAUCCCAAAAGGCCUCGUCAUACCCGCUGAAGGAUUACCUGUCCAGGUGUUCGUGAACGGGAAGGUGACGGAUAUCGGCAAUGUGGUCAGUAUGGACAAACACAGCGGCACCAUCAUCGCUAGCAUCGUCAUGGGCAUCCUGGCUGCCAUUGUCCUGGGGGCUGCCCUGGCUUUGUUUGGGAUGACCCGUUUGAGGAAGACGAAACAAGACAAGGUAGAGUUCCGUCUGUCGCGGAUGUCUUCCCGCAUUCACACGGGCAACGGGGAAACCUCACCUACCGGAGACUACCGCAGAAAUCUGUCAAUUCAGACAUCGGGUCAAGGGGGGUUGUUCUUCCAGGGUCCCUGGUACGCUUCUGGCUACGACCCGUCUGUGUCCCUCUCCUUAAUACAACAGCCAACGCUGUCUAUGGGCAGCCUCCGCUCUGACCUCCUGGAAGAGGUCAAGGAUGUGCUGAUCCCUGCAGAGAUGCUGCGGGUGGUGGAAAGCCAGGUUAUCGGCAAAGGUCACUUUGGCACAGUAUACCAUGGCUAUCUGAUGGACCACAAGGACCAAGAGAUUCACUGUGCUGUCAAAUCACUGAACAGGAUCAGUGAUGUCGAGGAGGUGGACCUGUUCCUGAGGGAGGGCAUCAUCAUGAAGGGCUUCCACAACACCAACAUCAUCUCCCUGCUGGGCAUCAUGCUGCCCAAGGAAGGGCUCCCCCUGGUGGUGCUGCCCUACAUGAAGCACGGAGACUUGAGACACUUCAUCCGGUCUGAGAAGAGAAACCCGACCGUGAAGGACCUGGUUGGGUUUGGCCUGCAGGUCGCUAAGGGAAUGGAGUACCUGUCGCAAAAGAAGUUUGUCCACAGGGACCUGGCUGCACGUAACUGCAUGCUGGAUGAAAACUUCACAGUUAAAGUGGCGGACUUUGGCAUGGCCAGGGAUAUAUUUGACAAGGAAUACUACAGCAUACAAGACCAUAAGAAGGCCAAGCUUCCAGUCAAGUGGAUGGCCAUCGAGAGCUUACAAACACAAAAGUUCACCACCAAGUCAGACGUGUGGUCCUUUGGAGUCCUGCUGUGGGAGCUGCUGACCAGGGGAGCCACACCCUACCCGGACGUGGACCCCUAUGACAUCACGCAUUACUUGCUGAAGGGCCGGAGGCUGGCCCAGCCCCAGUUCUGUCCAGACGCCCUGUUCUCCAUCAUGGUAGCGUGCUGGGAGCCCGAGCCGGAGUCCAGGCCCCCCUUCCAGGCCCUGGUGCAGAUCGUGCAGGAGAUCAUGGAGUGCCUGGAGGGAGAACACUACAUCAGCCUGAAGGUGACCUACGUGAACCUGGACGCGCCCAAGCCCUACCCCACCCGGGCGGACUCAGCGGAUGAGGCUGAGGAUUCGGACUCCGGGUCGGAACAGGACUUAUUUUUAUCCGAGGGGCCGGUCUGAGGGCCCCCCUUCACAUGACUGAGGACAGACAGACAGAAGAGAAGGAUAGAGCUGUGACUGGACAGCUGUGUCAACAGCCAGAGUCCACCCAUCAUGUCUCCGCUCCCAACUCUGAGGGGAAUGAUGGAACUGCCAGUGGACCGGGGCAGACAGCGGCCCUGUGAAUGAUGGAACCCCCAGUUCACUGGGCCAGAAACUGGUGGUGUGUUGUGCCUCAUCAUAAUGGGCUACCAUUUUCACCUUUCUGUCCUUUCCCUGUAGCCUGACGCUGUUGGCGGGGUUUUUUUUUUGUCACAAUCGCAGCUCAAUUGUAAAUACGAUUUUUUUUGUACAUUUUUAUAUUUGUCUUUUUUUGCAGUGAAAUGAUUUAAUAUAAUUCAGGGUUGCUUGAAAUUAUACUUGAUAUUCAAUCUGUGUGUGUGUGUGUGUGUGUGUGUGUGUGUGUGUGUGUGUGUGUGUGUGUGUGUGUGUGUGUGUGUGUGUGUGUGUGUGUGUGUGUGUGUGUGUGUGUGUGUGUGUGUGUGUGUGUGUGUGAGAGAGAGAGAGAGAGAGAGAGAGAGAGAGAGAGAGAGAGAGAGAGAGAGAGAGAGAGAGAGAGAGUGUGACAAGUUGUUCAGUCGACGCAUUAGUCAGUGCCAGAGUGCGGCAGACUGUUACGCACACUACUAAGACUUUUUAUCUUACUUCAUUCUGACUCAAUCCAAAGGAAAUUGGAUGUGUGGUUGAAACCAUAGAGACGAAUAGAGAAGAUGGAGACGAAUCAAAAGCGUUAACAUUUAUUUUUCUACCGUGUAAAUCUUUUGUGUAUAGCGGCUGUGCGUAAUCCCAUGACUGUCCCCUCGUCGCCACUAGAGGGCAGUCUAAACACUGGUCUGAACAGGAACGAUUGCAGCAACAACAGUGUGCUGCACCAGAUCCAACGACCGCACAUACAUGUUUCACACCAACAACGGAAAUCAAUUCCUCAAAUCAGAUUCGGGAGCUGUCACCGCUGAGCAACCACACUGAACCAAAUCGUAAGCCGUGUCAUAAAAUCUAUGGCAUACAAAUAACAGGAUGUGAUUCAUAGUUUGCCUGUCGUGCCCUGGUAGUUAAAUGUUGAUUAAAAUGAAUAAAAUGAGCGUCUUCUGCAGAUAACAUGGCUUGCUGCAGAAGGGGGUUUGGCUGAACAUGGCAACGUCUAACUGAUUCCAAAAGCUCUUCACAGCACCACUAAUGCAGUCAUUAGUUGCGAUUAACACAGUAAUAGCUGAAGACAUUCCCAUGUCUCGUCACCUCACGCCCAGUAGUGCUACUAUCUCCGUGCACCGGGGUGCACUUGACGGAACAAUUGUGAUUGCACAUGUGCUCUCAGGAGCAUAACGACUAGAUGGGGCGUUUGCAUGUUUGUUUAGCUGAGCCGAAGGAAGUCUGCGUUUAGUGGAUGUUUGAGGAGGAGACGAUUAAAAGAUACUUCCAAAAAGUGAAUCCCUCACCUCGAAACGUCCUUGGGUAUACUUCACUGUAAUGGCAUGUUGCGUGGAGUGGAGAGCUGCUUGCUUGCAGCGCAUGGGAAACCAUACUAGUUACUGGUGGGAAGUGUGUAAGGUUAGGAGGUUUAUACAACGGUUCACACAAAGCAGGAAGGAAAGAAUGAAGGGAAGAAAACUAAAGUGAACCUGGUGAGCAGAGCAUUCAUACCAUUCUCUGCACGGUUCAUUCAUCACACUGAAUCAUUCGACAUUAGCUUUGGGGAGGGGAUUUAAAAUGAUGAGCUGUCUGUGAUCAAGCUGUGCAGGGAUGGUAAAAAGUCGAAGCAGUAAACUCUUCCGUUCACCUUAUUGCCCCAUCACCGCUCUUUCAGCAACGGCAUAGAGAAGCAAACGUAAACAUUAGAAUACAGAACUCAAUUGAGGUCAAAGAUGAUCAAUAGAAACCUGCUUGCCAUAAUUUAAUCUGCAAUUGAAUCUGAUUAAUUUGUCAGAGAAAGUGGUUCUAAAUCUUGGUGUGUGUGUGUGUGUGUGUGUGUGUGUGUGUGUGUGUGUGUGUGUGUGUGUGUGUGUGUGUGUGUGUGUGUGUGUGUGUGUGUGUGUAUAUAUAUAGCCUAUAUAAGAUAUAUCAUGAUAUACAUGAUAUAUUCAGUUUCAAACAGGUUAGCAGAGAAAUCCUUCAAUUAUCCAAAUUAUGUCAACAGCUUGUCAGCCAUCGCCGUGUACUACUGAGGCAUUAACUUAUUUUUAAUAUCUGACAUCUUGUGGGAUACAAACAAGAACGGUAUCUUCCCAGUUUACUGGAUGUUCAGGCACAUUACCUGCUGUUUCAGGGUUCACUGUAAUGAGAACAAAAUGAGGAUUUAAGAAGUAUUCCACAGCCAUCUGGGAUUUUCACCACUUCUUAGUACUCAGAUAUAGGCUAGUACGAAAAGGGCCAAAGGAAAACCAGGCUUAUUUUUUUUUUUUUUCAACCUUGGAUAGAAGGCUGAAACAACUUUAUUUCUGUGUUCUUGUUGUUUGUAAAAAAAUAAAGUAAAAAACUAUUAAAUUAUUAAACCCAAUAGUUGUGCUGUUCUCCAAAGCCAGACCCUGAAUCUGUUGGGGCUCUGUCUCCUGCUGUCUCCUGCCGUCUGUGUUCUGCCCAGAGCGCCUCAUCCACUCUGAAGCCUCAGUGUUGACGUCCUCCAUAC